AACGCGAGCAGCAGAAGAAGAAAGUUGAAGCAGUAGCAGUGACAACCAUGGCGGAGGAACAGCAGCUCGGAGGAGAAGAAACAGUAGCAGCAGUGGAGUGUUUGGACGAUGAGGAAGCAGCUGGAGAUUUUCGAUGGAGAAGAUGAAGGCAAAAAACAGCAGCAGCGGCAAGCAUGUUUGGUGAAGAUCGACGAGUUGUUAGUCGUCGAUGGAGCAGUGGAAACGCAGAAACAAUGGAGGACAAAAAGCAGCAGCAAUGGAGGACAAAAACAGCAGCAAUGGAGGACAAAAAACAGCAGCAAUGGCGAAGAGAAAAGGACGCAGCAGCAGCGACAUGGAUGACGCAGAAACAGCUGCGACGAUGGUUGUUUGGACGCGACGAAGAUGGUGUAGCUGCUGGGAGUCAUGGCUGCUCGUUCAUGACUGCUUGGGGCUGUUUGAGGUCGUCCAUGACUGGACGUGGUGAAGAAGACAACGAAGAAACAAAGAGGGGGGACAACCAUGGAUGUCGAAGUUUGAAGGUGGUCGUUUGGUUUUAAUGGCGGACGGGGGUCGAUUUGGGUGGUCCGACGAGGGGUUGUGUGUGUGUGCGAAGGUGAGGCAGAGGGGGAAAGGGUAGCUGCCAUGGUUGCUUGCUUAAAGCUUUGAGGAAGAAGAAGAAAGAAAGAGGGGGGCGGAUCUCUUAG